AUGAGUAACGAGGCCUUGGGUUUUGUUUCAUCGUCAGCUAGUCAAGGAGCGGAGGGCUCGUCAGAGAUCGUUUCACUCGAACCUCUGGACUCGUCGUCGCAGCAUACUCCGCCGGUGCCGUAUACAAUGCAUUCCGCCACAGGCAAAACCGACGGCACGAACCUUGGGUUCCAAAAUGGACAUCCCCCCGCAUACUCGCACGGUGCGUCAGGGAAGAAGGAUGGCAGCGAGGUGGAUGCCCAUACUGCUGCUGCGAUGGACCCGAGCUUGACGGGACAGCGACGUGCCGACAACGCGCAGGCCAGCUACACGGGUGUGCGACAGGAGCAACAGCCGUAUCGAUUGGAUUUGUUACAAACGGACCCCAACUUGGAAUCCAACGCGCCGCUCGCAGGCGAAGGCGCCGAAUCUGAUCAUGUAUCGCGCGCGUUCCCCUUCCUAUCGAACUCGAUUGGUGCGCAGGAUGGCGAUAGUCGUUCAGCCAUUUUCUCGCCCAACUUCUCCGGCAUGGGUGCGGCUCAAGAUGCCAAUGCGAACAAUCUUGCGUACAAAAAACAAGGGUCGGAGAGCUUGCCUGGUGCUUCGGUCACUGAUUCGAAUGCUGGCUUGCACUCCAAGGCGCAGCGCGGUCCUUCGUACGACUCGCUAGCGCCGCCGGAAAAGAAGGAGACGCCAUACAGCCGCAGCCCCAGUCUGCGUGUGACACACAAGAUUGCGGAGCGCAAGCGUCGUAAGGAGAUGAAGGAUCUGUUUGAUGAACUGAAGGAAUAUGUUCCUGUGGACCGUGGUCCCAAGACAUCGAAGGGUGACAUUCUCAGCAAGGCGGUCCUCCAGUUCCAAACGAUGCAUCGUGAGCGCGAGCAGCUGAUCGAGGCAUUGGAAGCGGCGCAUCAUGAGAUCAACCAGCUACGUCAAGUGGCUGGGAAUACGGAGCAUGCCAACUCGAGCUUGUCCCAGCAUGUGUACCCUCACUCCUCGACGACCGCUGCUGCGCCCUCGUACCUGCCGCGUCCCCCGGAGUCGCGUUUGCAUGGUAUGCAGGAGCAGCAUGUAUCGCUCCCACGAAGCGACAAAGCCGAUACGGCGUCGCAUACUACGGGCGUGAAUCUGCAGCCGGGCGCACAGCGAUCUGGCGAGCAGUUCUUGUCGGAGUUGCGACUUGAUCGCCUGCGUCAGUCUCACGACGCAGUGCAUCCGAACUUUAAGCAGUUGGAUCAUGGUGCAAACGUGCUCGAUCAGUCGCUCAAUGGAGCUCGGUCGUUCCAGCCAGAGUCGUACCAGACGUCACUGGUCUCGACUGAGUUGCCCGCGGGCCAAGAGGCGUCCACUAUGAGCUCCGAUGCGGCUGCAGGCUCUCAUACCAGCCGUGCCAUGUAA